AUGUUAUCGAGCACCGAGCCACCUCGGGCCUCGUCCCGUUGCACCUCUGCUGGCAGAGUAACCGCCGCGUUCCUGUUGUCUUUGUUGGCAAUUACUCCUACAGCUACUGCCUCUCGACUUUCCGCUACCAGUCGAGAUGCCGUCGUACCACACCAUGUCUUUCUUCCCCCAGGCAUUGUCAUGCCUCCGAACCCGGAAGCGCCCAAACCAGCCGACCACACAUUCACCCUUCGCCACAUUUAUCACCAUGGCACUGACCGACAUCCGCGACUACAUCGUACCAUGGACGUUUCCCACAAGUCUUUGACGUCUCGUGUAUUCCUCGCCGCCGAAGACGGCCAUGACGAACACGACCUGCCUCACCUCAAAGCGCGGAGCCGUGGUAGCCCCAUACAGCGCCUAGUCGAUCGGCGACCUGCCGUUGUUGAUCCCAUGGUUGCACACGCCCGUCGAGAAGGAUAUGCUGCAGUUCUUGACGCUUCAGCUUGGACAGUUGAUGAUGUUCCUUCGCCAGACAUCACAGACAAGGGCACCGUUCUCAGCUUGGCUUACAUGGCGGCCGAUGCCUAUGUCGAGACUGAAGGCGCCGCGGAUUGGUUAGAUGUUGGUGACCCCUUCAACCGCAGUGCGGAUUUUGGCUGGCAAAGUGACGGCUUGCGCGGACACAUCUGGGCUGACGACGAUAACUCCACCAUUGUCAUUGGUCUCAAGGGAACGUCCCCCGCCGUGUUCGACGGUGACGGUACAACAACCAAUGACAAAAUUAACGAUAACUUGUUCUUCAGUUGUUGCUGCGCACAGCAGGGGCAGUGGACUUGGCAUCAGGUUUGCGAUUGUGCGUCGAGCACGUACUCUUGCAACAACACUUGUGUCGCCCAAGCCUUGCAUGAGGAGAGCCGGUACUAUGCCGCUGCCCGUGAACUCUACUCCAAUGUGACUGAACGCUACCCUGACUCUACAAUCUGGAUAGCUGGUCACUCACUGGGCGGAGCCGUCAGUUCGCUGCUAGGUCUUACCUACGGCUUACCCGUCGUCACGUUUGAAGCCGUUCCGGAAGCCCUUGCCGCCACUCGUCUUGGCUUGCCCAUUCCGCCAGGCUCUGACCCGAAAGCCCCUCAAACAAGGCAAAACACUGGCGCUUACCACUUUGGACAUACGGCUGAUCCCAUCUACAUUGGCACCUGCAACGGGGCCACCGCAUCGUGUUCCUUUGCCGGGUAUGCUCUGGAGACAGCAUGCCAUACAGGCAGCGAAUGCGUCUAUGACGUUGUCGCCGACAAAGGCUGGCGUGUGGGAAUUGGAACCCACAAGAUUCGAGCUGUCAUCUCCGAUGUCAUUUUGAAAUAUGAUGAUGUCCCUGAAUGCUCCUUGACUCCCGAGUGUCGAGACUGUGCUCAGUGGAAAAUGUACGAGAGUAACGGUACAGAGACGACAACCACAGCUACUUCGACGACAACUACGCGUACACGGACACGAACAUCAACCUGCAAGACCCCAGGAUGGUGGGGUUGUCUCGAUAAAACGACUUCGGGUGUCACUCCCACCACCACGUCAAGCUCGUCCUCAACGUCAACCUGCAAGACGCCAGGUUGGUUUGGAUGCAAGGACAAAACUACCACUACCAACACAAUCACUUCGACGUCAGCCAUGACUACUACUACUACUACUACUACUACUACUACUACAUCUGCCACACCAACAACCACCUGCGAAACACCGGACUAG